AUAAAAAUCUUUGAUAUCCCUUGCUAUCACCAAGAAAUACUUACCAUUUCUAGACAUAUAUCGGCAAUAUGGAUUACCAAUCGCAAUCAAAAUGGACUGGUCGUGAUGGGCACCAUGAACAAGUCGUAAAUGAAGAAAUAAAAAAACACAUCAACGUGGAAAACAGUUUGGAACUAAGGAACGGGUGGGAAACUCCAAUCACGUGACAGCAGAAACUCCAUGCCAUUGGAUAAGAGAACAAGGCUCGUCUCCGUUUGAAUCUCCACAAUGCAGAAAACCACUUACUAUGAUAAUUCUGGACUGUUCGGAGGCUACUCGUACCCCAAAUCCGAUUCAUACAGUUACAGUUCCGCUCACCAGCCUUACUCUGCUUCUAACAUCGAGAACGAGUUCCAGAGUCCAGUUUGUCCAAUACAAACCCCCACAAUCAGACCAUCAACACAUAAAAGCAGUGAAGUAAAUGGCAGCUGCAUGCGAACAAGCAACAGCCAAGGUAACAGCCAAGCUGCAAGCAUUGGAGAGCAACAACAAGCACCCCCUUUACCAGCCACAUCACCAAACUCAAACAGCACUUCAUCACAGAAAAAGAAGUCUCCAUCUAACAGUACUUCCAGUACUGCUAACUCAGUUAUUACAAAGCAAAUUUUCCCGUGGAUGAAGGAGUGUCGACAGAACUCGAAACAGAAAAACAGCAACUGCACUACUACAGGAGAAACGUGCGAUGACAAAAGUCCACCGGGUCCAGCCUCGAAGAGAGUCCGCACCGCCUACACCAGCGCCCAGCUUGUAGAACUUGAAAAGGAGUUCCAUUUCAACCGGUAUCUGUGUCGUCCCCGCAGAGUGGAGAUGGCUAAUUUAUUGAAUCUUACAGAGCGUCAAAUAAAGAUCUGGUUUCAAAACAGGAGGAUGAAGUAUAAAAAGGAUCAAAAAGCCAAGGGGAUAAUGCACUCUCCCAUCGGACAUUCUCCUGACAGGAGUCCGCCGUUAAGUGGUCCCAAUCACAUUGGGUAUUCCGGGCAGCUCCCGAACGUAAACAGCCUUAGCUACGACGCGCCCUCGCCUCCAUCAUUCGCCAAGCCACAGCAAAACAUGUACGGCUUGGCUGCGUACACAGCACCAUUAGGCGGCUGCAUACCGCAGCAGAAAAGGUACCCGGGCUCCGAGUACGAGCACCACAGCAUGCAAGGCAACGGCGGGUUUGCCAACGCUAAUUUACAAGGCAGCCCCGUGUAUGUUGGAGGGAAUUUCGUUGAUUCUAUGCCAGCCUCGGGCCCCAUGUUCAACCUCGGCCAUCUCCCUCAUCCCUCAUCCGCCAGCGUGGACUACAGCUGUGCUGCCCAGAUCCCGGGUAACCACCAUCAUGGACCCUGUGACCCCCAUCCCACGUACACAGACCUCACUUCACACCAUGCCUCUCAGGGAAGGAUUCAGGAGGCGCCUAAAUUAACGCAUCUGUAGUGGAUUCCGUCAUUGUGCUAAAGCGAUGUUUCUCGCUUUUUUAUUACCUCAUUAGUCUAAAGUAUGUUAUACGGCGAUCUGCUCUGAGAGGGGCCUCAGUUUCAGCCCGUAUUAUUAUUAUUAUUAUUAUUAUUAUUAUUAUUAUUAUUAUUAUUAUUAUUAGACCUAGUAGCAAUGCAAUUUCUGCAGUUAUUAUGAUUUUAAAAACACAGCUGUAGUCCCUUUUUGACGGACCGAUGUUUAAAGGAUGAAGGAAUUGUUUAUUGUUUAUUUAGCUGUUGCCGGUUUUCUGAAGUGCAAUGCGUAACAAAGGACAAAACAUUUGAUAACGUUUUACUUGAAGGUAAGUCUUGUAGAUCUGUCAAUAUUAGCGGCUCGUCAUAUUAUGGAAGGCUUUUGUACAAAAAAGUGAAAAAAUGGAAAGAAAAAAGAAAAAAACCGCUCAAAUAAGAAAAAAAGAAUCUGUGAUGUUUUUGUCUGCUUUUGGUCUUAGUUCAGCGAACGUUAUUUAUUUUUUUCAAUAAUAUAUGACAUUUAUCUCGAUUAUGAUAUUUAUUAUUUAAAGAACGAUGGUACCAUUUAUUAUUUAUCGUUGGUUCACUGUAGGUUAUUUAUGUGGACAUCUGUAGAAUGUAUGCAACAUUCACAGGGCAGGCAUACCGUUGUCCUUUGCCAUUACUGCCCCUCUUUUAGUGAAUUGGUUCAAAUUAGGUGAAAAAUAGUUUGAAGCACUUGUAAAGGUGGCUGGUGUUUGUAGUUUUUGUAAGGAAUAAUUCUGACCAAGGUGUACAUCUAAUCUAAAAUGUGACAUUACUCAAUAGGUCAAUUUCUGUUAUUUUAUUUUUCAUGAAAUGUCUAAAUCUAAUUUAAAAAAUGAAAUGUAACAUUUCUUGAAACAGGCCAUUUUUUGUUGUAGGUAUGCAAUACACCAGCAUGUCAUUUUCAUGUCUUUGUUCAGAGUACCUCACAAUAAUUUACGUUCUCAGACCAUUCAAACAUAAAUUGAAUUAACACUAAUGAUAAUGAAAUGUUAUAUUUUAGUGUGUUAAACAUUUUUGUAAAUAAAGUGCGUAUUUAACGGA